AUGCCCCUACGGUUGUGCACUUCUGACGACCCCAUUGGCAUUUUCGAAAAGUCGAAUCGACAAUACGCCAAGUUGGUCAAGCUUGUGCAGGACAAUAUACGCAAGCAUGGUAUCGAAGCGGCGCAGAAGUCAAGCAACUGGGCUCAAAAUCGAGAAAAGUUGAUCUCGUACAUCGUCGACGGCAUACACGAUCUGUCUAUAUUCAACUUCGGACUGGCGCAGAAGAAUGCCCUGCAGUACGCUCAGCUUGCAGAAAACAUCCAGCGGGACAUACUCGCCAAAGUAAAGGCUGCUAGGGGUACGUCGCAGAUGAGCGGCCAACAGCGAAAGCAAAUCAUCAGGGAUAUACGAGAUUAUAUGGAACAUCUGGAGAUCGUAUCCGAUCCCAUGCCGGAUGUUGCCUUCGAUAAACAUGACGCUUUGACCGACAGGUUCUGGGACCAAGAUCUUCCCGCACUCGAGAGCUAUGUCAAGGAUAAGUCGGAUGAGGGCGCCCGGAACUUCGCAAAGUUGGCCAACAAGAUGGCAAAUGACCUCUUGGACGUGGGUAUUACGGCUGAACAAGUAGUGCACAACGAAAACCAGGACCUCUUGAAGUUGGCCAACGACGUCGCCGACAAGGCAACCGGACAAGGCUCCCACGCGCCAGGGGCGACGGACGCCAUCGACCGAACGGACGGGAAUUGGGCGAGGAAAUUUGCCAACUUCAUCCUCGACACGUUGCAAGCAUUCAAGAAACAUCCAAACUUGCCGCUCGGUUUGCCCAUUGCCCACCUGAAACUGUCGCCGCCGUUUGGUUUGCCGAUUUCUCAUUUGAAACCCACCAUGGCCGGAAUUCAGGGGGACGCGGGGGCAAAAGAGCAAGCGUCGCACCACCAAGUUGCGGACAGCAGCAUGGCGGCGGCAAUAAAGCCGGAUUUGGUCCAUGAUAUAGCACACUCCAUCCUCAAGGCUUCCCCCUAUCUCGCGCUAAAGAAUGCCGACCGCAGGGCUAACUUUGCUGGAUUCUUCUUCUUCGAGGCCGUCGUAAGGUUUCUUCCGGAGAGCAGCUUGCCACGGAAACUUUUCCGCUCCAACGCUCCCUUUUGGCCCGAAAAAGGCAGCACUGUCGCAUUCCUCAAGCAACGCGAUAUUCGAAACGUCAUCUUCGUCAACGAAGCUAUGCCCGUCACCCAAACUCUGUCCGAGAGCGUAACUUCCUACGACCUAGAGCGGCUUAAUAUCGACUACGAGAAUAGUCUCAGCGCCUGGUUCGAAAAGUCUCUCCCCAAGGAAGGCAUCACGGUGCAGCAUAUAUCCGUCGCCGACGAUCAUGUUCCGCUGCGAGAUGCCAUUCGAAUCGCUGCUUCCAAUUUCUACCACGGCGGGUCCACUCUAGUGAUGGGAAUCGAACAGCAGGAUAUCGAUUUCGUCACGGAAUCCAUCGAGACCGUGACAAAGCAUCUCGGGGGAAAAGCAGAAAGAAUCAAGACGUCCGUCUUUGGAACACACGGGGAGUAUACGCAAGCCAUGACGGAAUUUCUGCAGUUCUUGCAGACGACAGAGUCAAAAGCCACAUGGAAGGAAAUCGGCGCAGAUGGCCUUUGCAAAAGGACGGCGGUCGGAUGUAAAACACACCCGUCUACCAAAGAAGUGACGAAGGACUCGAAAGAUGUACCUACCAAAUAUCAAGAACCAGAUGUCUCCAAAGAGGAAGCAGCCAAAGGGCAGACGCAAGGCGAAGCGAAAGGGUCAAAGUAUAAAGCGAUGAAAUACAAACCUGGAAGCGUGAGCAGCCAGGUUGUUGUUGAGCACUUUGGUAAUUGCGUCCUCGGCAUUGCCGCCACAACGAUUUACCAUGACGCGCAUGAAAAUUUGCCCGCAUCACGAAACGAGAAGCUCCAACGGCGAAACUUUUUCGUCGACGUCUGGCAUGGUAUGUCCAAGGGCAACCUCCUAGAAGUCCCAGCCUUGGUCGGUUCAGCGACUUUGAAGAUAAUACACAAGGAAAAUGGAGCUGCCCUCGCAAAGUCCGCCGGCGACCUCGUCCAAGCAGUAUGGGACAUUCCCCAGUCGAUCGUCGGUGCCGCCAACGACGUCGCAAAUGCGAACUAUUUGGAUGCUUUUGCGAAGUCUUGCUUCGACCUGGUAACAAGUAUAAAGGAACUUCCUGGGCUAGCUGACAAGAUUACAUCGGCCGAGUGGGAUAAUUUUGAUGCAUUUACGAACAGUCUUAUCGACCUUGGAGUGGCCAUCAGCGAGAUCCCUGGCGCGUUCGACAAGGCUUUGGACGACCUGAAACAAGCGCCGACGGAUAUUGGACACGCAUUUCAGACGCUACCUGCAACGCUAUCCAAGGCUGCCGGGGAAUUUUUGCACCAGUAUAAUGAAAAUAUACCACCCGGUACAGAUGGGAGAAAGAUUGUGGACUCCUUAUUCGCUAGCAUUCCCGUUGAUAGGCUUGGUCUACGUCUUCCUGGACAAAGGAUUGGAGACACUGUGGAAAACGCUUGCCCCCUGCUGCUGAACGCCUAUCUCCAGUAUGUUGAUACUGGAAAGGUGUAG